UUUGCUCCACACCAGCGCUGUUUAUACUGUUGAGCCGCUGCUUUCCUCAGUCAUUGCGCCGCUAACAGCUCCUCCUCACUCUCUCUCUCGUUGCUCUUUCCACAUUUUUGCUCUCUGACAUUUUCACCGGAUCCCUCACGCACUCCAGGUCACAAUCGCUGGGACCAAGCAGUAUAACCGCAUCCGUCUCCUGGUCACAGAAGAUAUCUAAGAGCCACGACGAUAAAUGGAGGUGCCGAGCAGAUAGAUGAGAGUCCCUCCAGCUCAUUCAUCAUACCCAAACUAGAGGAGGAAAGCAAAGUGAUUGAGACGGGCAGCAACAACAGCCAAUGAUGAAUAGACCGGGAGGUGUCGACGGGGCGGGAACAGCAUUCACCAUUGGACAAGAAAGCUUUAAUUGAAUUUGGGAAGAGAAGAUUGUUGUUCACAUUUGAACCAAGAUGUCGCUGAAAGUCCAGACGAGCAACAUUACCAACAAAAAUGACCCCAAAUCUAUCAACUCACGCGUGUUUAUCGGCAAUCUGAACACAGCGGUGGUGAAGAAGAGCGACGUCGAGACGAUCUUCUCCAAAUACGGCCGUGUGUUGGGCUGCUCGGUUCACAAAGGCUUCGCCUUCGUUCAGUACGCUAAUGAGAGACACGCUCGUGGAGCCGUCAUUGGAGAAAAUGGACGUGUGCUUGCUGGACAGACCCUCGACAUUAACAUGGCAGGUGAACCCAAACCCAGCAGGCCUAAAGGACUAAAGAGAACCGCAGCGACGUUAUACAGCGGUUAUGAUUUUGACUAUGAUUACUACAGAGAUGACUUCUAUGACAGACUGUUUGAGUACCGAGGCAGAGUAUCACCGGUGCCCAGAGCGGUUCCAGUAAAGCGCCCCCGUGUGGCAGUGCCGGUCGUCCGCAGGGUGAAGUCAUUACCUGUCAAACUCCUGACCAGAUCCACUAUCCUUCCCAACAGCUCUGUCAAACACAAGUUGAAAUCAACCGAGCUGCAGGCUAUCAAAUCAGAACUGACGCAGAUCAAGUCCAACAUCGACGCGCUGCUGGGACGUCUCGACCAGAUCACAGAGGACAAAUACUGUGCCACAGAGUUGCAGAAGGCAGAGGAAAUGAAGAGCGAGCUGUCUCAGGACGAGUCGGGCUCAGAGUCAGAGGAACUGCAGCACAGUGAUGUGGAGGACGGAGAGGAGCACUCACACAAGGAGUGUGACGAAGACAUGGAAAGCAAUCACAUAUCUGAAAUGGAUUCCAUUCUUCAAUAAAAGGCAAGAACUCAAAGCUGGGACAAUGGAUUCUUGGAGCACAGUGAUAAUUCAAACCAUGAGAUGUUUUACAAGUUUCCAAGCUUGAGUUUCAAGAUCUAAUCAAGAUUGUUCUUCAUGCAGAAAACAGAUUGUGAAACUGAAGUUAGUGAGUACAAACCACUAAAUCGGGUUUCACAGGGUAAUUCAUUCACUUCAAUUUAGCGUGUCUCUAAAGAUCCAUUAAACAUGACAGCGGGAUAUUAUUUGGGAGUUUCUUGACUGGUGAGGACUUUAUUUUGGACUGGCGAGGAAUGUUUUUCUAAUAAAAAGCUAACUUUUCAAGCUAAACAUCUCACAAAAAGGUAGCUUAAAU